CCAUGUUGGCUCUCGAGGGUGGCUCCAGCCCUCGGGCCAUUGAGUGCCCCCCUGGAGAUCCGCCCUUGGACGCUGACGCCCAGCCCGAUGUCUGCGAGGCAGGAGCAGGACACCGUGCCUGGCGCGCCGGGGCCUCUCACGGUCGGGCGCUGCGAGGUCCCGGGCGGCGGGGCCGAGGGCCGCGUCCUGCCGCGGCCGGUGCCAGAGUGCCCCGGGACGGCGAGGCCGCGGCGGCUCUCGAUGGAGCCGGCCGCGGGCUCUUCCACCAGGAUGCACGCGGUCCCUGCAAUCGUCGGGGUGAAGCUCCUCAGCAAUGCCUUCAGCUACGGAGACGAGUACAGGCUCUCCCGGGAGGUCGACCGGUACCACGAGUUCUGGUCGUACAGCCGGCACGCGUCGCCUUUCAUGAACUGCAUCAGUCUGCUGAUGUACUACAACUGUUGGCAGGCCUUCCUGGCGAGUGUUGCCGCGGCCACGGCCACGGCCUUGCUGUUGCAAGGAGAGGUGUGUCCAGCAGAGCUGUCAGUGAGUGGCUAUCGCGCAGGCCUCCCGUGCAUGGCAGCCGGGCUGUGCACAAGUGUGGUGGUGAUGUUUGCGUGGCCGAGUCGGCAGCGCGUGUUCCUGGACAGGGCGUGCAUCCCUCAGGACGACGAGACAGCGAAACGGAACGGCAUCCUGAGCCUCGGCUACUAUCUGAGGAUGUCGAGGACUGUGCUGGUUCUCUGGGACAACACGUACUUCCGGCGGCUCUGGUGUGUCUUCGAGUUUGCGGCGUGCACGCAUUUGCAGUCGGAUCGGGAGCAGGCCUCGGAUAACGCGCUGCAGGUGCUGCCCUCCAUCUACGGAGGCAUACUCGCCAUUUUGUUUGUCGGCCUGACGGUCUUCAAUUUUGUUACCCGUUGGUUCUUGAUAGGCGUUGACGAUCUCCCGUCGAUGUUCGGCGCGCUACCACAUCAUGAGAUUCUAUAG